AUGUUUCCCUCUGUUCAGCUGAAGAGAAGCACCCUCUUGAGGCUCUCCAAGAUUCUCUCCCUGUCCGCCGUCACGUCCAGGGGCAAGGCGCAGGAGUUAAUCAAAAACGGAAAGGUGAAGGUGAACAACCAAGUGGUGCGCCAAAACGUCGCCGUGGACAUCAACUCGGCCAUCGAGUUGGAGGGGAAGCCAAUCCUCGUGGACGUGACGACCAAACUGUGGGGCAUCUACAAACCCAAGCAUGUGUUUUGCAGCUCGGAGAGGAAUUACGAGUAUGAGGAGAAGAGGGAGGCUCUCAAGGGUCGCCCCCACGGGUUGGUAACGACUCGGGGGUUACCACAGAAGGGGAGCUACUCCAGUACGCAGUUGCCACCUGGAGAGACGCGAAAGGAAUUCCUUUUGGAGGGAAGGAAGCAAAUAGGUGGGGGGGGAACAAGCGAUAUUUACGAAGGUCACUCUCUAAAAGUGGCUGAAAGAGGAAGGCACCCAAAUUGGAGGAGAGACAUUAUGGGGAACCCCCCCGAAGUGGGAAAGAAACGGGACGAAUUGGAGAGACCCCCGAGGAGUGAACCACAAAAGGUAAAUACAAACCUCUUCGAUUUUAUUAGAAAAAAGAACAAGGCGUUUGAAACGAAAAAUAAUUUCUCCAAUGACAUCCCAGAGCACCUCAUCGUAGUGAACAGCCUAAGUGCGUCGAGCGAAGGACUGGUGCUACUAACAAAUGAUGGGGACUUCGCAAGGAAUUUAAAAGAUGCACAUAACAACAUCAUCACGACGUAUAUCAUAAAAGUGAAAGAGGAACUAACAAAUGAAAAGAUAAAGUUAAUUGAAAGAGGAUGCCACGUUGGCGAUCUACACAUUCGACCACUCACUGUUCAUGUAAUCAAACCGAAUUGUGCCUCCCCCAAAUGGAUCAAAUUUACCUACGUAGAAAAAUCGCACACACAUUUGGACCUUCUCUUUUCUAAAUACAAUUUAACCAUUAGGAAGUGCAAACGUUUUUCCUUUGGUCCGUAUAAAGCAUCGGAUCUUUCGGCUGACUUCCUCACGCCCCUAAAAAUACAUAGCACCCUCUCUGCCAUGGUCCCUAAGUACCCCCCCAAGUUGAUUCUCGCGCAACCCACUGGGAAUGUCCUAACGGAUGAGCAUGACAGGUUCGUCUUGGUUAAGGACUAUCUGAGGAACUCGGCCAUUCGGGGGGAAGGCGCACAAACCACAGGGGUACAGUAG